AGGUAUUGUGCAAUCAGUAUGUUCUUCUGUUCGUUUUGGCUGUUUUGGCUCUCAAUUUCUUCAACUCUAGCUAAUUCUGAAAAACAAGGAUAUGACAAAGAUUCUAUUGUAGUUGGAUACGGCAAUCAUUUUGUGCAAUUGGAGAAUAAAACUGUCAUUUUGAAUGACAAAAGCUUGAUUGCUGAUAAUAUCAAUGAUGUUUUAGACAGUCAAGUUGAGAAGCAUAUCGAUAUGGACAAACCCUAUUCUGCAUGUAUUAGUGAUCUAAAUGAAGAAUAUAUAAUUCUGGAGUAUGAACAAGAAUGGGUUGAAUGGAAAGGAUGUUCUGUUGAUUUAAUCACAGAAAGUGAUCACAUCGAGUUUACUGUUUUGCUGUUAUUGAAGGAUUGUAUAAAACGUGAAGAUUGCCAAAUCGCAAAUCGAGAAGGAGGGAAUAUUCUGCCUUUUGCUUAUGGUUUGGGCUGUGAACAAUUCGUUAGGAUCAGAAAAAACCAAGGACCUCUUUAUGGAGAGGGUUCAACAUGUCCAAAUAGAGAUCAAUGUAAAAAAUCAGGAGAAUACUAUCCCGGUUCGAACCUUAAAAAGCCCGAUUGCAUGCCUUGGACGCCAUUGGAAUUUGAAUGGAGAUGUGUUACUCCACACAAUUCACAUUCAAGUUUACUGGCAUCUAUAUUUCCGGGUAAAUUCUCUUCUCGGUUAAUAAAAGUUUUUCCAAAAAUUUUGUUAGUUGGUGCUAGUGAAAUGGCUGCUGGCGUGAAGGGAAAGUUCAAUAAUCAGUCUACUGCCGUAAAAGUCUCUGUAAGAAUCAACAAAGACAAAAGUAUUGAUAUUGGGAAUCUUGCAAUGUUUUUGGACAAUAAAUGGGUUUUGACGGAAAAAGAAAAAAUGUUGGAACAAGUCCACACUUCUUUUGCUUGUGUCAAUUCAAUUCUUGAACCAAAAAUGUGGGAAAUUAUUAACGCUACGAGAGGGGAAUUUGAAAAUAAAAAAUUGUUGACUUUUUAUUUCCUGCCAAUGCUGGUACCUCGUCAUCGUAGUGUUGGUAUAAUGAAAGGGCACAAUGUUGGUACUGAAUGUGAUAAUGUGAAAAUUGUUUUUUCUCGUAAAGAAUAUCAAAUGUUAAUUAUUGGAGCGCCAUCAAAUAGAACUGUUAAUCAAACAGAUGAAAAACCAUUCUAUAAGGGAUUGCUUCAUCCAUUGCCAAUUCGUGACAGUCAAACAACAGUGCAAAAUAAUGAUGUUUUAACUUCUUCCAAACCUUCUAAAGGUAAAUUUAAGAGAGAAAUUUCGGGUAAGGGUAUCGCAGUCCCAAGGUACCGCAGAGCUAUAACUUUGUUCAGAAUCGUCGAAUCCGGGACGCCCUGGUAUGGUUCGAUGCGCCUCGGCGAGCCGAAUCGAACCAUACCAGGGCGUCCCGGAUUCGACCAUUCUGAACAAAGUUAUAGCUCUGCGGUACCUUGGCCUGCUCCCGGAAUUUCUAGUAAAAAUUCAAAAAAAUUUUUUGUAAUUGUAGAUAAAAGAGAAACUACAGAAACUACUACUCAAGAGACAACAACUACAAAAAUAGAAGAGAUUGUUGAAACUUCCAAAAAGGAAGAGAUUGUCGAGACUACUAAAGAAGAGAUUAGCAGUUAUUCGACAAAAGAUCCUUCAGUAGAUUUCAAUCAAACUACUUCAAUUCCUUCAAUCAGCACUACAAAUGGGACGGCUAUUGAGAUUGUUGGGAAUAUUUCAACUGAUAACUUCACUAUUUCUUCCCCACCAACACCAACAGUAAUUUCGUCUUCAAAAGAAACAACAAAAGAAGGAUUUCCUUUUAAAUAUUUAAUUAUUGGAGGGAUUGUUGGAGUUGUUGUUUUGUAA